AAAUCAGUGAAACCGUUCAAAACGAAAGACGAGUACCUCUACGCCAUGAAGGAAGAUCUGGCAGAAUGGUUCCACGAUCUCUACAACUUGCCAGUCACUGUGGACAAUUUUUUCGAACACUUAGAUAACGGCACACUACUCUGCAAACACGCCAACACAAUUCUCAAGAACACAAACACUGCAGCAGCAGCAGCAGCGACGACGACGACGACGCUCACUUACAGAAACAGCGCUCAGAUAGGCACAUUCCAAGCACGCGACAACAUUUCAACAUUUAUUGCCUGGUGUCGCUCCUUUUUGGGAAUUCCCGAUACCAUCCUUUUUGAAACUGAGGAUCUUGUCUCCAGGAAAAAUGAACGUAACGUCGUUCUGUGUUUGCUGGAGGUCGGCAGAAGGGGUUCCAAAUUCGGAGUCCUCGCUCCACAGCUUGUUCAACUGGAGAAAGAAAUCGAUGACGAAAUAGCCAGCAUGACGCGGACGAACGGACAUUCGAACACGCCGAAACUGCAGAGAUCCGGAUCAGCAGCUUCCUCCAACAACAGCGUUUCAAAGGCGAGCAAGCCAGCCCCUCCAGAGAAGAUCAUUGCUAAGAAACCUGUCAUCGAAGUCGAUAUGCUGAGUCUUGAUGAAAUGGUACGCUUGAUAUUGAGUAGAUGCAGAUGUGAACACCAAUACCCAAUGAUCAGAUUGUCCGAAGGAAGGUACACAUAUGGAGACAAUUUGACACCUAUCUUUAUGAGGGUUUUGAGACGGCAUGUGAUGGUGAGAACUGGAGGCGGUUGGGACACAUUGGAAAGCUUCCUGGAUAGACACGACCCGUGCAGAUGCAACUCA